UAUCUUUCACUCACCCCCCCUGCUGCUCGUGAAAGAAAAAAAGUCAAAGCCUAAAAAGUCGUUUGGUGGGGAGGUUCCGCGCGAGUGGACCACCACCGAUCCAUUUUCCUCCAAGCCCGAAUCUCACCCGCUCGCCAAACCAAAAGCGGUAACAAUCAUAUUAUCACUUUUCUCCCUUCCCCCCUCUCCCUCACCCCCCGUCAACCACGCUUCGCCGCCGUCCCAUCCUGUCCUCUCGGCGUCCGCUCCGUCCAGCUCUCCUCCUUGUCCCAAUUCCCCCUUUCUUGCAGAGAGCACGUCCUGUCACCACCACCAGCAGUAGUUAGUAACCGGCGGGUCGCCGCAGCAGCAUCAGCACCCUCGCUGUCGAUGGCUGCAGCUGGGUCUUUUUCCUUUCUUUCUCUCUCUCCACUCCGCCAAACCAUUGCCUUAGCUUCUGCAUCCGCCAUCGCCUAAUUCUUUUUUAGUCCCAAUUUGUUCUCCAUCCUCCUAACUUAAGACCCCUGCCGCCAGCACUGGGUCAUGUGUUGAUGGCUCUUGUCCUGAACUCUUCUCCUUUCAAACCACUUCUCUUCCACCCAACAAGGCUCCAAUCCUCGGCCGCCGCUCCUCAGUGCUAAACCUUCCGUUCCCACCUUGCCCACUUCCUGAGGGACUGCUCCCCAGACCUCACUUCCGACUUCCACCGUCCGUGUGCCACUCUCUGGAAGCUCCGUCCACCGAAUUUUGGGGAUCCCAAACACCUUUCCUUGAACACCUGAUUUUCCGGCCUUUGCUUUCGCCGAAGUCGCUGAUAACGAACCUACGCUUCCCACGAAAGCUCAGUGCUACGCUCCUGUCACCAGUUUGAUUCGGAUUUUUCUCAGAAAUUCUUAAGUGCUGCACGAGAGUUGCCAAUCAGGUAAUGCAGACGCGACGACGCGGCCACUAGUACCAUUUGAAAACAAAUAAAGUUGCCGGCGAGGUGAAGAUGGGGAACACUCAGACAAAGCAGACUUCAUGCGAUGAUGCAGUGAACCUGAACCACUUCCGCCUGUUAAGGGUUGUUGGGAAGGGCGCCUUUGGGAAAGUUCGAAUUGUUGAGCGCAAAGACACAGGGUUAACGUUUGCUCUGAAAUAUAUCCGGAAAGAUGAAGUUGUCCGAUCCGAAAGUGUCCGCAACAUCAUACGAGAGCGACGGAUGCUAGAACAUCUAAACCAUCCAUUUCUGUGCAACUUGAGAUACAGCUUUCAAGAUAUCGAGUACAUAUACCUAGUAGUAGAUCUCAUGAACGGCGGUGAUCUUCGAUUCCACAUCUCGAGAAAGUGCUUUACAGAAGAAGCUAUCCGAUUCUGGAUUUCAGAACUAGCCUGUGCUCUGCGCUACAUUCAUGGCCAGGGAAUCGUUCAUCGAGAUUUAAAACCAGAUAAUGUAUUGCUUGAUUCCAAAGGCCAUGUCCAUCUGGCAGACUUUAAUGUCGCGUCCGAUUUUAAACCCACCAGACCUUUGACCAGCAAAUCAGGUACUCUUGCAUAUCUAGCGCCAGAAGUCUUUGACGGUUCUGGUUACCUCAGCGAAGUGGAUUGGUGGUCACUUGGUGUGACAUUCUACGAGUGCAUUUACAGCAAGCGACCUUUUGAUGGCCGAAAUCACCAUCAACUCGGCGAAUGUAUCAUGCGUGCACAACCCAAGUACUUCGUAACGAACCCUCCUGUCACCGUUCCAUGCUUACACGCCAUGGGAGCCCUGAUGGAAAAAGAUCGAUCCAGACGAAUCGGAGCUGUUUCAUUCGAAUCUUUCACCACCCAUCCUUUUUUUGCUGACAUAGAUUUCGACGCCCUGGAGAGACAAGAGAUAAGCCCCAUUUUUGUCCCUUCGAGCGAUAAAACUAAUUUUGACGCCACGUAUGACCUUGAAGAAUUAUUAUUGGAAGAAGCACCCUUGGAAGCGAGAGCUCGGCGACAAAAGCCCCGAGCGGAGCUCAAGGAGGAUGCGACACCCAAGGAGAUUCGAGAAGAUGAACUUUACAGAAUAAUAGAGACGAUGUUCGAACCAUUCGAUUACACGCUGGUGAAGUAUGAGGGAACUGCCGCUGCCGCCAUUGAGGCCUCAACUAAUCCCGAAGAACAACUUCCCCCUACCGUAUCCCGUACAAACCCGGCACAUUCCCGACACCCUUCUCAAGCCCGCUCCGGUAGCGUUUCGCCGUCUCUAACCGAGAAAUCAUAUAAUCCAUCCAAUGCCUCCGACACAUACUCUCCGCUCGGCGAAACGAUACGGUCUAUAGCGUCAAAAGAAACCAACGGACAUAGCGGGAUUCAUUCAGCAUCACCACCUCCUCCGCUUCAACGGCCACCUACAUCUCAACCACAGAACUACCAACCCCCAUCUCUUUACCAAAGGCACCCAGGUGUCACACGCAAAACGAGUAAGGGUGGUGGAGUCCAGAUGGUCUUGGGAGAAGCUGGUAGCUGGAGUACUCUCGCUGAUCACAGUGGUAUCAGUGAAGGAACCAAAGGAAAACCUGCUGCGAAUGGCGGAAUGUUCUCGUUCCUCAAGGGAAAGAAAGGUCGAGAACGAAGUCCCAAACCCACAGAGCCAGGAGUACUAGGGAAAGAGGGGGCUAGGCAGAUUAUAAGCUGAUGCCGACCGGGUUCCUGGAUCUCGACUGUAUCGGAUGUAUGAACGUGGGACUCCAAUGAGAGACUCACAUUUCACCAAAACUACAUGCGAAUUUUUCGCUCGUCUCAACUAUAUUGCUACUCCACGGAUGACGCCGUACCCUGACCUAAGGCCGGCCACCCGAUACCGCUUCUACACUCCACUUGCUGCACACUCAUCCCUACAUCUUAUUGUUCACUGCUUCCCUACGCAAAAGAGCAACGUCUACUCCGUACAUCACGAGGUUAUGAAUUUUCUGGGGAGCACAGACAUCUUCCAUGUUCAUAUUUGGCAGAUGCGUUUUUGCAUGGAUUUGACAUAAACAUUGGUUUUCUUUUAUCUCAUCAUUGGCAUGGAUUCGGUUGGUUGGAUGGCGGUGCACGUUUCGUUUUACUUUUCCUAUGCUGUUUAAUAGACGCUUCGUGGCAACUUGGGACUUUUUCGUUUCUUUCCCCCGCAAACUUUCUUGUUCUCUUCUGGGGUGCUUUCACACUUUUGCGUCACUCUUAUCCUCCUGGUGCGCCUUUUGUAUGCUUAUAGCGCUUGAUUAUACCCUGGUUCUGACAGCGAGGUUUUCAAUGCUCGUUUCCUUGAUGCUGAAAACGGGCUAGCUCUUCUCUUCUUUUCUUUUCUUCUUUUCUUGACUUCACUUUGCAUCACCUAUGCCUCAGCGCGCUAUCGAUGGUUAUUUGGAUUUACGGCAUGACGGACUUGUAUUCUUCUCCAAGUGGGUUUGAUUGGUUUGCGUUUGAUUUAAGAAUUAUCAGUAUAUACAUCAUAUGUAAUUCAUCGACGUGUAUUAAUCCAACAUUUUAUCAUCCUGGAA